AAAAACACACUCCAAUGGCAGAAAACGUUUACGAGCAACAUCAACCGGAAGAGCGGAUGAGAAUGCUAAAGGCCUUUGACGAAACAAAAGCCGGCGUCAAAGGUCUGAUUGACUCCGGCUUACGAAAAGUCCCCGAGAUUUUCGUGAGGCCCCCCGAGGAGCUUGCUUGUGAGGCGAGACACAUAAACACGUCAGAAAUUAAGGUGCCGGUGAUCGAUCUUAGCCGCAUAGAAUCAGAUCCGAAAAGCCGAAAGGCGAUUGUGGAGCAGGUGCGAGCGGCCUCGGGCACUUGGGGAUUUUUCCAGGUGGCCAACCACGGGAUUCCAAGGGACGUGCUGGACGGGAUGAUCGGUGGGGUCCGCGCGUUCAACGAGCUGGACGCGGACGAGAGAAAGAAGUACUACUCGCGGGAUUUUGGGUGGCGCGUCAGAUACAGCAGCAACUUUGACCUCUACAGUUCGAGGACCGCCAACUGGAGAGACACCUUGAGCUUUAUAUUUCCGGACCAAAUUAACACUGAUGAAUUGCCUGAAUCUUGCCGGGAAAGCACGGUAGAAUACUCAAAGUAUGUAAAAAUGUUGGGAAAUACACUUCUGGAGUUACUCUCCGAGGCACUUGGACUAAAACCCGACCACCUUCUAAAAAUGGACUGCUCAAAGGGGUUUCGAUUCAGCUGUCACUAUUAUCCAGCUUGUCCCGAGCCAGAGCUGACUCUUGGGACCUCUAAGCAUUCAGAUCCUGGAUUUCUUACAAUUCUUCUACAGAGCCAAAUUAGUGGUCUACAGGUUUUGCACCAUGGCCAGUGGGUUAAUAUUGAACCAAAUCCAGGGGUUUUGGUUGUCAAUAUUGGGGAUUUGCUCCAGUUGGUGUCAAAUGGGAGAUUCAUAAGCGUUAAACACAGAGUGGUGGCGAGGAGCAUUGGGCCGAGAAUAUCGGUGGCUUUCUUCUUGUCUGGGCCAGUUGGUGAGGUUAAGGUUUAUGGUCCUAUUGAAGAGAUGUUGUCUGAAGAAGAUCCAGCCAAGUACAGGGAAGUGAUGUUGGGUGAUUAUAUAAUGAGGUUUGUGAAUACGCCACUUGACGGCAACCUUGGUGUGGAUUACUACAAGUUACCGUGAAUUUCAGCUGUUGUAUACUUGUAGUGGAAUGGAAAUGAAAUACUUACGAUCGACACUAAACUUGGUUAUAUAGUAAAGGCUUAAUUGCCUAUAAAACCCCAACCUGUUAUAGAAUUGCAAAUAAAACUCAACAUUUUUAUCUUUACAAUUAAAUACCAAAUUUUUAUUAUGUGUUGCAAAUUUGUCUUCGAACCAUUUUCCGCCCUAGUUGAACUGACGUGUUCGAUUAAAAACCUUACGUGGGACGGAGGAGUGUUACAUGGCAGCCUAAUUUUUCUACAUUAUAUACCAAGGGUUUUAUAUUCAUGCCACAUCAUAUGCU